AUGGCGUACAGAGCACUACUGGUCGGGUUGAUUAACUCAGCCCAGAAGUACUUGACUGCAGAGAGCUUCAACUUCAGGGUCAACGCCAGCAGCACCAUCAUGAAGGUCAAGCAGAUCUGGACCAUCGAGUUCCUGAAGGACAACUCGUGCCUUGUCCACAUCAGGAGCUCCCUGCGGCGUUACCUGGCUAGCGAUAACAACGGCAAAGUCACCUGCGACCAGGAGGCCCCCAGCGCCUACAGCAACUUUGUGAUGAUCACUCAGGCCGACGGCAAGGUGUCCUUCCAGUCAGACGAGACCAAGCGCUACCUGGGUGGGGCGGAGGACAACAUCACCUGUUUCGCCCAGGCUGUCUCAGAGAGCGAGAAGUGGGUGCUCCACCUGGCCAUCCACCCCAACAUCAACCUCUUCAGCCCUGGGAAGAAACGCUACCUCCGCUACGAUGCGGCUAGCAACGUGGUGAGGUGCGACAGCGAGCUGCCCUGGGGCCCCGACUGUGUCAUGACUCUCAUCUUUGACUUCAAAGAGAAGAAAUACGGGAUCAGGACGAGUAACGGGAAUCUGAUCUGCUGUAACGGGAAGCUGGAGCCGGGGCCGUCAUCGCGGAGCCUGUACGUGCUGAGGGUGCGGAGCGGUUUGCUGUGUCUGAGUGACGGGGAGGGCCGGGUGCUGAGCAGCAGGGAGGGCUACGUGCGCAGUCUGAAAAGCGACAGCCCGAGCAAGGACGAGCUAUUCUCCCCAGACCCCAGCCCCGGCCAGGUCACCAUCCGCUCCCUCCUCAACGCCAAGUACAUCAGCAUCAGAUCAGACGGAGACCUACAGGCAAACCAGACGGAGGCGAAGGAGUCUGAAAUCUUCCAGAUCAUCAUUAACAACACGACCAGGAAAGCGUGCUUCCAGGCUGCGUCCAAGGACUAUCUGGCCGUGGGCCCGAAGAACCUGCUGGUGUCCCUGGCGGUUCUGACUGACAAUUGUUGGUUCAGUCUGGUGUAUAACGGCCCCCGUGUCGGCAUCAAGACCUCGGACGGCAAGUUUGUGACCACAAAGAGCAACGGCCAACUCGCCGUGGCUCCCGGCUCCUCAGGCCCUGCUCAGGAAUUUAUCUUACAACUGACCAAUCGGCCGCUGCUGAUAUUACAAAGUGACUAUGGGUUUGUGGGGUUUGGCCCCGGGACCUCGCGAUUGGACGGCAACAGGUGCACACACGAGGCCAGCAAGCUGAGCUGUGAUGAGGACGGUUAUUACCAGUUCAAGCUCGUGUCCACGGAGAGAUACUGGGAGAUGGACAAGGAUGGCUUUGUCACAGGGACGGGCGAAUUCCCCAUUAACUUCACCAUCCAGCUGGUGGGCUCCAAUGUGCUGAUCCUCAAAGCCCCGAACGGCAGGUACAUGAUCGCUCAGCCCAGUGGGGACUUCAAAGCCACGGGGGAAGACGCCAAAUCCGCCACCAUGUUUCUUUACUGA